UAUGUAUCUAUGUAUGUAUAUGUGUGUGUAUGUAGUAGCCAGCUUCUCGUGAAGCCCAAUCCAAUCACGCAAAGUAAAAUUCAACAUAGAGUCAUCAAUAUUCAAUAACAAUAUAGUUUGGCUUAUCUUUUUUUUUCCAUUUGUUCACACUCGGCCGGGUUUGAAUCUUUGAAUAUUUUCCUCUUUUGAUAAUUCAUCUUUUUUUUCUUUUUCUGGUUUUUCGAUUUCAUUUCAUUGAUGGGUUCUUGCUGCAGUAUUCGUGUUAGGGCGGAUCAUAGUCCUCGUCGAGACGGGCCGAGUUCGAGGUACGUAAGCAAUGACGGAAGGGAGACGAGCAGCCGGCGCUCUUCUUCCUCGGCGCCACCCACUCCAAAAGAUGAAGGUGAAAUUUUGGAGUCAUCAAAUUUGAUGAGCUUCAGCUUCAAUGAGUUGAGAAUCGCCACCCGGAAUUUCCGGCCCGACAGUGUGUUGGGCGAAGGUGGUUUCGGGUGCGUAUUCAAAGGUUGGAUUGAUGAGAAUACGUUCAGAGCUGCUAAGCCGGGUACCGGAAUGGUUAUUGCUGCAAAGAGAUUGAACCAAGAAAGUUUCCAAGGUCACAAGGAAUGGUUGACUGAGAUCAAUUACUUAGGGCAACUAUACCAUCCAAAUUUAGUGAAAUUGGUUGGUUAUUGCUUGGAGGAUGAACACAGGCUUCUCGUUUACGAGUUCAUGCCACGUGGCAGCUUGGAGAAUCAUUUAUUCAGGAGGACGUCUUAUUUCCAACCGUUGUCUUGGAACCUAAGAAUGAAGGUGGCUCUUGGUGCGGCAAAGGGACUCGCGUAUCUUCACAGCCCUGAGGCUAAAGUUAUAUACCGCGAUUUCAAGUCGUCCAAUAUCUUGCUUGAUUCUAAUUACAAUGCCAAGCUUUCUGAUUUCGGGUUGGCUAAAGAUGGCCCUAUGGAUGGUAAAAGCCAUGUGUCUACAAGAAUAAUGGGUACAUAUGGCUACGCAGCUCCAGAGUAUAUGGCCACAGGGCAUCUUACUGCAAGAAGUGAUGUGUAUAGUUUCGGGGUGGUUCUUCUUGAAAUAUUAACCGGAAAACGAGUAUUGGACAAGAACCGACCACAUGGGGAACAAAAUCUAAUAGAAUGGGCGAAGCCUUACUUAGCGAGCAAAAGGAGAGUACUUAGAAUAAUGGACGCUCGUAUAGAAGGGCAAUACACACCAAGUGGGGCUUUGAAGGCAGCAACUCUUGCUAUCAAGUGCAUAGCCACAGAACCCAAAUACCGGCCCACUAUGAACGAAGUCGUUAAAGGAUUAGAACAACUUCAAGAAUCGGGCACUGCUGUUAAACCCGAACAAGUAGAAGCUGAUCAACAGAAGCUUCAUCGUCGAAAAGCUACUGCUUCUUAUCCAAGGCCAUCAUCUGCUUCACCCGUUGUUGCUUAAAAUGUAGUUGUGUUUUACGAGUUCGAAGAGCGCAACGAGAAGAUGCGUAUAUAGGUGGUCGUUUUAUUUGCUUACACCACCGCAACUUUGAGAAAUUCCGUCUAGUGCGCGUGUUCUUUUAUUUUUCACUUGCAACCGGUUGCUGCCGAUUUCUUGUCUAAUUGAUGUUAGACUCUCUUAUAAAAAUGAGAGAAUAUUGAUAACAUGUCUGUGUGGUAUAUAUAUUUUUUAAUUAACU